GAUUUAACGCCAAUAUUCCGCGGAGAAUGUGCCAUGUCGGUCUCGGAUCCUCUCAUCAAGGAGCUGAAAGGAUGGACUCGAAAGCUAAUUGAGCAUGCUAAAGAGAUCACUGACGAAAAUGACGAUCUGUAUAAUUUCUGUAAGUGCUUAGAAAAUUGCUUACAAAAGGAUUUACUGCCUUGUCUCGAUAGUGUUGGAUAUUUAAAAAUACCUUAUGCCUGGCACUGGUUAGAAUACGUUGCUGAGAAAAAUUACAGCGGUUACAAUACCUUCCUUUUGGUAGUUGAGCAAGUGAAACAAAAUGCGAAGGUGCAUACACCUAUUGGACGACUUCGUCUCUUGAUAAGAAUUUGUCUAGUGCGAAAAUGCCUUCAUAUUCGUAUACUCUUUUAGUCCAGAAUACCAACUUUAGCUACGGAAUUUUACAACUUAAAGAGCAUUUUAGGAGAUGACAUUCUACGAGAAAUACUACUCUCUGUGUUAUUGCAGUGCAGUAAAUUUACUUUUAAACUAAAUAUAAGAAAUGCAACUUUCUUAGAUGACACCUGGCAAAUGCCAAAAUGUGCACUUCUGGAACUGGUACCUUGCAAAAGUUUAGGCAUUUCUGUAUGUUUUACUAAGGAAAAAGCAUUGAUUGUCAACGUCAAUGAGAAAUCAGUAGCUGCUGAAGAUAAUAAAGUCGAGAUUGGAGAUGUACUGGAUGAGAUAAACGAGAAUGUGAUCAAUGGCGAUAGCAAGGGAAAACUACGUAAAAUUAUGAAGAAGGCUAGUGGACAACCGAUAAUGCUACAUAUCAUUAAGCUUUAUACUAAAAAAUCCUGUGAGCUUUACGAACCAAUAGUGCAUCUUAUAAAAAGUUCAAGUAUUGAGAGUAUGAAGUCAUUAAUACAAGCAUCACGAUCAGAUCAGGUGGAAGAAGACACUAAAAAAAGUCAGAUUUCUAAAUCGGGAAAUAAAACAUUAAACGAUGGAUUCUUCGUGAAAUAUUGCGGUUCUGUGCAUGUCGGUGCAGAAGGAGAUGUUAAACAAAUUGAGAAAGCUAUUUGGCGCUUAUUGAAGUCGGGGGAAAUGAAACAAGUGCCUGUGCGAUUUGAAUGUUUAGAAAUUGGAAUUAUAGUAACUCGAGAAGUAGACAAUCAGACAAUAUGCAAACAGAGUUACAUGGAAAUCUCAUCAUGUGGACGUACUAUCAAUAUACCAGAUUAUUUUGCAUUCAUUGCAGGAGAAACAAAUUGUAACAUGGCAACAAAAUUUGAUGCUUAUAUCUUCUAUCAUCGAAAUGAAACAGAGGUCCAACAAAUCUUACAGAGUCUGGGACAAGGAUUUCAUCGUACUCAUUUUGCAGUAUAAACUACAAAUAUAUAUAUAUAUAUAUAUAUAUAU